AUGGCUAAAGCAAAAAAAAAAUUAUUAUCAGAAAUUUCUCAACAAAAGCGUAUUCAACAAAAUAAAAAAUCCUUAAAUCCAUUUGAAGUGCACAUAAACAGAGAUAAACAAAAUGUGUUGGGUAAAAAAAGUAAAGCUGACAGAGGGCUUCCAGGUGUAUCACGUGCAAAAGCAAUAAAAAAACGAAAAGAAACACUUCUUCAAGAAUAUAAAUUAAAAAAUAAGGAUAAUUUGUUUUUUGAUAAGCGUAUAGGUGAAAAGAAUGUAAUCAUGAAUGAAGAAGAUAAAGCUUUAGCUAGAUUUGCUGCAGAGCGUAUGAAAGCUUAUAAAAAAAAAAAUAUUUAUAAUUUAAACGAUGAAGAAAUAUUAACACACAAAGGUCAAACAUUAGAAGAAAUUGAAAAGUUUGAUGAUCCAAAAAGUGAUGAUGAAUAUAGUGAUGAUGAAAAUAUAACUGGUAAAUUAGAUAACAAAUUUGUUGGUGAAGCUCACUUUGGUGGUGGUGUUUUAUCAAAAUCAGAAUCUGGAAAAUCUAGGAAAGAUCUUAUAGAAGAACUUAUAAUUGAAUCAAAAAAACGUAAAGCUGAAAAACAAAAGAUACGUGAACAAACCAUAGAUUUAACAGAAAAACUUGAUUCUGAAUGGAGGGACCUUCUUCCUAUAGUCUCUGCAGCUAAUAAAGAUACUGAUGAAACAAUUGUAAAGAUAAAAGCUGAUGAUUAUGACAUUGCUGUACGUGAGUUGAAAUUUGAAGCUAAGGGUAUACCAUCAGAUAAAUUAAAAUCUGAAGAAGAAAUUGUAAAAGAGGAAAAAGAAAGAUUAGAAGCUCUAGAAGCAGAUCGAGUGGCAAGAAUGAAAGGACUUGUAAAUCAUUUGCAUAAUAACGAAAUUAAACAUAAAUCCGCAGAUGAUCUUGAUGAUGGUUUUGCACUAGAAACUAUAAAUGAUGAAGUACAGGUUGACAAAGAAAAUUCAAUUAAAGAUACACAAGAUGUUUCAAGCAAUGAAAACACUAGUGAUAUAGAUGGUGAUGAUGAUGAUGAUGCUGAUAAUAAUGAUACUGGUGAUUAUAAAGAUAAAACAGCUGUCAAUACUCAUGAAAAUGAACAAUUAGUUAUUAGUAAUAAAUUAAAUGGUAAUAUUAAGAAACAAAAGAAAGCAGAAAAUUCCAAUGGGAAUAAAUUAGAUGAAAAUUCUACUGAAGAAAUCUCAGAACUUGAAAGUUCUGAAGAAGAUAAUUUAUCAGAUUUAAAAGAAACAGACUCCUCUAGCGAAGAAGAAAAUGAGUUAGAUAAAAAUGAUAUAAUUGACUCACAAGAAAACUUAAAAAAUAGUUUAGAUAUGAAAUUGAGUACUAAAACUAGAAAACAAGAAAUUAGAGAUGAUCUUUUAAAGAGGAAAGAGAUAAUGGAAAGUGCAAGGAAAGAAUUACCUUACACUUAUAAAGUACCAGAAAGUUUUGAAGAAUUACAAGAAUUUUUACAAAAUUAUAGUGCCGAUUACCAAUCAGUUAUCAUAGAUCGUAUAAUUAAGUGCAAUCAUUGGUCACUGAGUAAUACAAAUAAAGAAAAGUUAUCAAAUUUAUUUCUGUUUUUGUUGCAACAUUUAAAUGAUAAUGCUACAGAAGAUAAUGUUGAAAAUGUGAUUAAAUGUUUCCAAAUUAUUGAUAGAUUAUCUCCUUCCUUAUAUGAUCUUGCACAUUUAAAUCCAAUAAAUGCCAAAGCUGUUAUACAAGCAAUAAUUAAGGAAAAAUAUGAAGAGUUUAAAAAAAAUAAAAAGAAAUAUCCUGGCCUAGAUACACUCAUUUUCUUUAAAUUGGUUUCUUUAAUAUUCCCAACGUCUGAUUUCAGACACCCUAUUACUACUCCCUGUUUAAUAUUUAUGUCUCAAAUACUAUUUAGGUGUCGUAUUAAAAAUAAGACUGAUAUAUCAAAAGGUCUCUUCAUAUGUAUUCUUAUAUUAGAGUAUACAGUACUAAACAAACGAUUUGCACCAUCUGUAAUAAAUUUUUUACGUGGAAUAAUUUACAUAUCCACGCCCAAGCACUUAAUUCAAGGGAUAAAAAUGAUUCCACCUUUUAAAAUAACUGGAGAAUCGAGUAAUUUAUUAAUGCUUGACGAUAAUCAGAUUAAUUUAGAUAUUGAUCCAAAUAGCGUGUUUAUGACAGUAUCCGAUUUAAUAAAUGGGCCAUUAGAUGAUGAUUUCAAGAUAAGGGCUUUAUUAACAGCUAUAAAUUUAUUACGUGAAUUUAAAAAUCAUCUCGAAGAACUAGAAGCUGUGUAUUCGAUAUUUGAACCGAUUCUAAAAUUACUCAAGGUAAAUUCCUUCGAUAAAUAUCCGUUAAAUGUGAAGAAAUAUAUUAAGCAAUUACGGAGAGAUUUGAAAGAGUUGAAGAAUAAAAAACUGGAAUAUAUCAUGAUUGAAAAGAAAAAACCAAAACCAUUGAGAUUAUAUGAACCGCGAAUCGAAACAGUAUAUGACGCAAAGAAACACAAGAGCAUGUCUAAAGACAAAGCUGAAAGAGGAAAAUUAUUGCAUAAAUACAAGAAAGAAAUGAAAGGUGCUAUCCGUGAAAUUCGAAGGGAUAGAGCGUUUAUAGCAAAAUUACAAAUAAAAGAACAAAUUAAGAGCGAUAAGGAACGUAAACGCAAAGUGAAAGAGAUUUUUGGCGAUGCUGCAAUGCAGCAGGGUGAAUUAAAAAAAUUAAAACGAAAAAAAUAAAAG